CGGGCAUGUGCCCCGGAAGUGGUUGUGCGUAGGGGCCGUAGGAUAGUACCGAGACUGUAUGGGUGCAGUCGCCAUGUUCCUAAGCGCGGUGUCCUUUGCCAAGAGCAAGUCAAAAACCAUUCUGGUGAAAAUGCUGAGCCAGGCUGGGACAGGUUACUGCUUCAAUGCCAAGAGAAGCCGACUGCGAGAAAAACUGACUCUUUUGCAUUAUGAUCCAAUUGUGAACAAAAAAGUCCUCUUUGUGGAAGAGAAAAAAAUACGUUCCCUCUGAACAAUGGAUUGAAAAGGAAUUUGAUUUAUAAAUGAGAAGACUGGAGGGCGGGGAUACUGAUUCAGAAAUCCUGCAGUGUGUAAUAAAAGAAGAGGAAAUGCAUGGAAUCACUGCCUCCUGUGAUUUGAAGGCCAUUGUGAAGGAAAACAAUGCAGUGAAAGGAAGUUCUUCAUAUU